AGUGUUUUUGUAAAAAUUGUUUACCUGUGCGGCGCCUCUGUAACAGGAAAAACAACAUGGAUGAACAACACAAGAGGCAGAAGCAAUGCCGGACGGACUGGAUGAGUCGACUGCCAAGUCAUCUGCAGAAGUUGCCCUUGAACAAGCUCGCAAUUCCAGGGUCCCAUAAUUCCUUUUCCUACAGUCUUGAUCCGCAUUCCCAAGUGGCUCCGGACCAAUCCAGAGAAAUCCACGCAGUUGUUCACAUGUUUGGUGCACCCGGACGUGACGUCAUUUACCGUUGGUCAAUGACGCAAAAUUUGACUGCAGAACAGCAACUGAAUUCCGGAAUCCGAUAUUUUGACAUUCGCAUAUCCAGAGAGAGUUCAUCGGGCAAAGUAUGUUUUAUCCACGGUCUGUACGGCGCCGACGUGAUCCCAUGUUUAGAAGACAUUAAAAAGUUCCUCGACAAUCACCCGAAAGAGGUUGUGAUAUUGGACUUCAAUCAUCUGUAUGAAAUGGGCACAGAACAUCAUUCAUCCUUACUCCAUACUAUCACCGAGAUAUUUGGAAGCAAGCUGUGUCCCUAUUUGAAUAUGGAAUGCCUGACACUUGAGAUGAUGUGGGGGAGUGAGCUACAAGUCAUCAUUUUAUAUCAUAAUGAAAUCGUCUCCGACAACCCGUUCUUUUGGCCCGGGUCGUCGAUUGGAUCACCGUACGUAAACACACCCGAUAUACCUCAGCUUUUAUCCUUUCUGGACAAGCACAAAAAAGAGAAUGAUGCCAAAGAACGGUUUUUCUGUUGGCAAGGUGUGCUGACACCAAGUGCACAAACGAUUAUUUCACAUUUUGCAAAAAGUUUGAAAGAAGUACUUGCCGGAAAGUUGGCGCCAUUUUUUGUCACGUGGGUGAAAAAUGGAAAGAGUGUGAACUGCAAGCAUGGAAUUUUCAUGAUGGACUUUGUUGAAAUGGCGGAUUUUAUUCCAAGUGUAAUCGACCUAAAUUACUGAACUUAUAUUUGUUGAAUGUUUUUUUUUUUUUUGGUAUAAUUAUUUUUUUCUGUAUUUAUUUUGUCUAAAUGGGUUAUAAUGAAAUCUUUUAACUUAAAAAAUCUUAAAACAUCCAAAAUAUACUAAUAUGUAAAAAAAAGUACUAUCUGUUAUCUUGUCAAUGCAUCUGUUGUUAACUUCAAUAAACUUGACUAUAACUUUGAGAA